AUGCGCUUUGGCCGCACGCUGCAGCGGUCCGUGUACCCGCCGUGGAACGACCAGUACAUCGACUACGACAAGCUCAAGCAGCUGCUGCGCGAGGGCGGCUCCGACCAGGGCAGCGAUGAGGACCUCGACGAUACCUGGACCGAGGAGGACGAGGGCAACUUCGUCGAGGAGCUGGUCAACGUGCAGCUCGAGAAGGUCCACGACUUCCAGAACCAGAAGUACCAGGACCUGCGCGACCGCACCUCCGAGUGCGAGCGCAAGCUGGAGCCGCUGACCCCGCCGGCAGGCCAGCAGCAGGACGAGGGCAGCGACGCCAAUGGCGCGAACGGCGCUGAGGGCAGCAGCGGCGACGACAACGCCAACAACAAGAAGCCCGACGUGCCCGAAGAGGAGCGCAAGCGGCUGCUGCAGGAGGUGCUGAAGGAGCUGGACACCAUCACCAAGGAGGUCAGCGAGCUCGAGCGCUACAGCCGCAUCAACUACACCGGCUUCCUGAAGGCCGCCAAGAAGCACGACCGCAAGCGCGGCCACAGCUACCGCGUGCGCCCCCUGCUCCAGGUGCGCCUGGCCGCCCUGCCGUUCAACAAGGAGGACUACUCGCCGCUGCUGAUCCGCCUGUCGGCCAUGUACUCGUUCGUGCGCCAGAACCUCGAGGGCAAGGAGAAGAAGGAGAUGUCCUUUUCCGAGGGCACCACCGGCGGCGAGCACUUCACCUCGCACAAGUUCUGGGUCCACCCCGAGAACCUGCUCGAGGUCAAGACCGUCAUCCUCCGUCGCCUGCCUGUGCUUGUGUACAACCCGCAGACCUCCAAGAUUGCCGAGGGAAACCAGCACGACCCGUCCAUCACGUCCAUCUACUUUGAUAACCGCAAGUUUUCCCUGUACACGGAUAAGGUUGGACACGAGCCCAACGCCUCGUCGCUGCGGCUGCGCUGGUACGGGCAGCUGGAGGAGAAGCCCGAGAUUGUGCUUGAGAAGAAGACGAUCAAGGAUGGGGAUGCGAGCGAGGAGCUGCGGUUCCCGAUCAAGGAGAAGUACAUCGAGCAGUUCAUCCGGGGAGAGUACAAGAUGGAGAAGAGCAUCGACAAGCUGAAGAGGACUGUGGGUGGGGAUUCUCCAAAGGUCCAGGAGCUCCGGAAGAGUGUCGAUGCCAUUCAGUCCUUUGUCCGGGAGAAGGACCUUCAGCCCCUAUUGAGAGCCAACUACACUCGCACUGCCUUCCAGAUUCCGGGAGACAACAGAGUCCGCAUCUCUCUCGAUACUAACCUUGCCCUUAUCCGCGAGGACGCGAUUGACCGUGAUCGUCCUUGCCGCGACCCGGAUGACUGGCACCGGAGCGAUAUCGACAGUUCUUCGAUGGAAUAUCCCUUCAACGAGGUUCGCAAGGGCGAGAUCUCUCGUUUCCCGUUCGCGCUUCUGGAGAUCAAGAUCAAGGGCGAGAAGCAUUACGAGUGGGUCGAGGACUUGAUGAACUCGCACCUUGUCAAGGAGGCACCUCGGUUCUCCAAAUUCGUCCACGGCGUCGCCCAGCUCUUCGAGGACCACGUCAACACUUUCCCCUUCUGGCUCAGCGAGCUCGAGACGGACAUCCGCCGCGACCCGCACAAGGCUUUCGAGGAAGAACAGGAACGCAAGGCCAAAGCCGCCGAAGACGAGGUCGCCGUGGGCAGUCUGUUCGGCACUCGGGGCAGCCCACUGGCUUUCCGCGCAUCGCUGGCCUCCCCAGUCGGCUCUCCCUCCAACCCAAGCAUGGCGAAACUCUCCAAGUCGCCCAAGGCCACCAUCGCAGACACGCGCCGCGCCUCGCUGGCCGCGCAAACCGCGUCCGCGACGCACGCCGCCCCGCACUCGGGCAUGGACAACGUCGCCGAAGCCGCCGACUCGGACUCGGACGGCGGCGGCGGCAGCGGCGCGGUCGGCUCCCCGGGCGAGCGCAACAUGACGACGCCCGUCGGCGUGCGCUCGCUCUUCCCCUCGUUCUCGUACUCCAAGUACGCGCAGCGCCACCGCGCGCGCCAGCAGCAAGCCGCGUCGCUGCCGCCGGGAGUGCGCGACCCGGGGCCCCGCUGGAUCAAGGACCAGGGGCCCGUCCGCGUCGAGGCGAAAGUCUGGCUCGCCAACCAGCGCACCUUCAUCAAGUGGCAGCACGUGUCGGUGCUGCUGGCGUCGCUGUCGCUGGGCCUGUUCAACGCCGCGGGCGAGACCAACACCGUCGCCAGGGCGCUGGCCGUGGCGUACACGGCCGUCGCGGCGUUUGCGGGCGUGUGGGGCUACGCCAUGUACAUGCAUCGCAGCAGGCUGAUCCGGGAGCGGAGCGGCAAGGAUUUUGAUAACCCGUGGGGCCCGAUGGUGGUGUGCUUGGGGUUGGUGAUUGCGCUGUGUUGUAAUUUUGGGUUCAGGUACCGUGCCAUCACGCAAGAAAAACAAAGAAGUGUACACGAUGGGAUUGGUAGCGGUGCGAAUGCUACCGUCGUCGAGGCGGCGGUGGAGGCCGUUGCGGGGAUGCUUGGUGCUGGGGAGCUGUAG